UUUCAUUUCGAGCGCUCGAGCUGUGCAGUUUGUGUAUUAAUGUAGUAUCGGCCAACGCGCAAGUGUUUUGUUAAAUUUGUGUACAUACAUAUGUACAUACAAUUGUAUGUAUGUAUGAACAUAGCAACAACUCUAGUAAAAACUAUAACAAUUGGCUUUUGGAUUCGCCGACAACGUGUUUCCUGUUACAUCUGUCGCGCAAAUUUCUUCGUAACUGCAACGCACGUCUCUACUUUCCGUUGUUUAACCCAAAUAUACUUCAUCAGUUAAUAAGACUGACGUGAAGACACCAGUAUGGAGCCCUACUGGAGCGAGGCAAGCGGGCACGCUUCGCAUCCCGUUAAAUAUGAGAGUGAGGCAGCAGUUUCCAGUUUUCCAUAUUGCACAGAAUCUAGCUUAAACUUUUCAACAUCAGCAACAGCAUAUAGUGAGGAUGAUACCGAAUACAGCUCCGGAAGACGAAAUAAAGCAUCGAGGCAAGAUCCAUUGUCACAUCGUAUUAUAGAAAAACGACGCCGAGAUCGCAUGAACUCUUGCUUGGCGGACUUAUCACGAUUAAUUCCACCGCAAUAUCAACGCAAGGGUCGUGGCCGCAUUGAAAAGACCGAAAUUAUUGAAAUGGCCAUAAGACAUCUGAAGCAUUUGCAAAACGAGUGUCUCCAAAAAGAAAGCGAAUAUCGAAGUGGUUAUAUGGACUGUAUGAAGGAGGCUGCUAAGUUUCUUUAUGAUAGCCAAAUGCAGGAUUUCUGUUAUCGCUUAUUAGCACGCUUACAAGAACAUAUGGAUGAGGUAUUCAAGGCAGAUUGUUACAAAUCAUCCCGAAUUUGUCACAUGCCGGAUAAUAUAAGUGCAUCAAGUGGUAGUCCAAAUCAGUCAUACCACCCUUCCAUUUGCAAUUUUCGGGAAAUGCUUAUUACAUCUGAUGUAGAGCAUAGCAAUGAUCAUAAUGAUGUCAAAGACUUAAGCUUUCGCAAUCAUUUAAACCAGUUGCAUCGUAGCCAACAAGUGGCUCUAUCAGCUGCAACUGCCGUUGCAGUUGCAGUGACUAAUGGCAACGCCUGUGCCGUUUUUGAACGUCAAAGCCCAAAUAAGCAAGCCGUGAAGGGUAAUAGUCUUGUCCCUGAUAACAUACCUAUUAACUCAACGAGCUCUACAAAUACUAGUAGCAAUAGCGCGUGCUUCACAUCCGCAACAUCUGCUGGAUCAUUAGCCAAGACGCCUGUAAAGAUUGUAACCGUUGCUGAACAUCAACAGCCACAUCAAGCAGCUGUGAUCACAUCAACGGCGUCGCAUCAUCAUCCCCAAUCUGAAAGUAGCCAACAUGAUUAUGAAUCAUCCCACGAGCCUAUUCUUCACACGGAUACAUCUAACAUGAAUUCACCUCCCCCGCGAGAUUCAAUAUUGCCGCAUACUCAUUUACAGCACAAUCAUCAUACUGCAGAUAGUCUCUUGUCAAUGCGCAUGAGAAACUAUUCGGAAUCAUCGCAUGAGAUUGAGCACAACAAUAACUACAAAUAUAAGAAUCACAUUAAAGAGCGAUUUGUUCAUGAGCUGCAUGAUGAAGAAACAAGCAGCGAGCAUGGACCGCAUCUGCAGAGCGAGCAUUCCAAUUUGCAUACACUGUCCGAGCACUCAAAGGAUGGCACAGAGCCGGAAAUUGCUCCAAUAAUUGCUAAGAAACGCAAACAAGCUGAAGCGGACGCUACCUGUAAUAGAAAAUCUUACGAUGAACAGAACCAAACUAAUAAUAUAAGUCAUUCCCGACCUCUGGUGCGUGACAACAAAUCAUCCUUUUCAUUUAGCGAUAUUAAGGAUAUUAAAUCAGAACUGCAUAAUAUAAGUUCUAACUCUAGCCCAUUGCUUACAAAGCUAUGCGCUGGUGGUUCACAGCUAAGUACACCCAGCAGCACAACAGCGCCAUUGCUACAGCAUCAUUCGUUUACUGUUCCCAUAUUUGCGCUACAUGGCCAAGGAACCUACUAUGUGCCUUUAAAUGUGAACUAUUCGGCUCUUGUGCCAUAUCUAAAUGGCGUAGAUCUUUUCGAAAAAAGCUAUAUUAAUAUGCCAAUAGUUCAUCCUAUUAAUAUUAAUGUAAACUUUAUGGCUAAUUCAACAUCUGUGUCUUUGAUAGGGGCUGCAGCUGCUUCUGCCUGCAAACAGCACGUAAUUGUAUCUAAAGAUACAGGAGCUGCUGCUGCUUUCGUUGCCGGGGCAGCUGUGGCUAACGCAAAGCUAGAACAGGUCAGAGAACGUUGGUGAGCCCCUUAAUUAAGCCUAAAACAACUCUACCUCAUUUACUGUGAGCAAUCAUAAAAUGAUUGAAUGAAUGUUAAUGCAGCAAACUAUACACAUCUAUAUAAGCAGUCUAAGAGGUGGUGACUACCAGCCUUACGGUAUUUUAUAAAAGCUGAAAGUAUAUAAUAAUAGUGAGAACGAUCAUGCACUAAGUUGUUUGGAUCGUCGUGGCAGAUCCAAUUUCUGCCUACUUAGUUGCUUUAUGUCAACACAUUUAUGUAUGUUUAUUAUUAUGCUAUAUUAUUGGACAAUACGCACUCAUCCAGUAAAAAGAAAAUAUCAGAACGUGUUCGAAGACUUAUUAAUUAGCCAAGCAUUAAAAUUUGAAAUAGAAGGGCAACAUUGUUCUUUCCGCAAGAGUAAUAUUCUGACAGACAGCGGAGUACAUAAAGUUAUGAGUAAUUAUGCUCUAAACCACCGAAUUUGGGUUGUAAUUUUAUCAGGCAUGAAAACGAUAUCAACGUUUUUUAUUGUAUAUACUAUACACAUACAUAUUCAAA